AGAUCUACUUUGUCAAAAUUGCUGACUAGUGUAUGUAGUUCUAGAAAACGCCAUGGAAAAUUUACACACACAUAUCUAUAAUACGGAAGAGAAAUAACGAGAUGAAUCAAAAGCGAAGAGAAUCAUGGGAAGCCAAAAGGAGGAGGUGAAGCUUAUAAGCUUUUUGUGUAGUCCAGUUUGUCGCAGAGUUGAAUGGGGUCUGAGACUGAAGGGUAUUGAUUACGAGUACAUAGAAGAAGACAUCUUCAACAAGAGCAACCUCCUUUUGGAGCUGAACCCUGUCCACAAAAAGGUUCCUGUUCUUGUUCAUGGUGACAAGGCAAUUGCCGAGUCCCUCGUCAUCCUCGAAUACAUGGAUGAAACAUGGAAGCAAUAUCCACUUCUGCCUCAAGAUCCUUAUGAAAGAGCUCUUGUACGUUUUUGGAUCAAGUUUGCCGAUGAAAAGGUUAUGUACGGUGGAUAUGUUGCAAUGAUAUCGAUCGGGGAGGAGCAGGAAAAGAGAGUGGAUGAGGUGAGGAAAGGAAUGGACAAGUUAGAAGAACUUAUCAAAGGGAAGAGAUUCUUUGGAGGUGACAGGAUUGGAUUCCUUGACAUAGCGCUUGGAUGGAUCACAUACUUGCUCCCUGUUUGGGAGGAGGUUGGGUCUAUGAAGAUUCUGGAUCCCCUCAAGUGUCCUGCCAUCUCUGCUUGGGUCAACAACAUUCUCAACCACCCUCUCCUCAACGACUGCCUCCCCCCUAAGGAUGACUUGCUUGCUUAUAACCACCGUCGCAGAAAGCAGUUCAAUCCUUCUCUUUAUCAUUAAUGAAUUAUCAGUUACGUAUGCUUAAAUAAUUAGUGCUAUUUAUGUAUGAUGGAGUGAUGAUAUUUUUUACCUGUGCUGUUAAUUAAGUUCAAAACUCAAUGCUUCAAUACAAUAAAUGGUCAAGUGUGUACUGCAUUAUAUUA